AUGGCAGUAGGAGUCCCAGGGUACCUGAGAGCAGAAGAGAGCAGAAAUGCGAUCGCGGCGUCAAAACUCUUCGUGAUUGAUGAUGAGAAGAUUGGUGAAAUUUUCCUUUGGGAUGAAUCGGAAUCCGUGAAAUUGACGUCAGUGCCUCAGUGUCUUCUUCCGGAUUCUGAGAAUCUGCUACAUCAGCCCCACUAUUAA